AUGCCAGCUGAGGUUGCUGUCACUGAUACAACUAAUAAAUGGGCUGGCUGUGAUGAGUGCAUGGUAAUGCACAUCCAUAAUAAUUGUCCCAGCCUCUUUCUUUCUUUCUUUGAUGUAGAGCUGAGAGGAACACAGCUUUUAUACACACAAACACACACACACACCCUCUACAUCCUGAACACAUACAUGUUCAUGUAAUUCUGAGUGCACAUUGUCUCAACUUGGUGAGGAAAAAUUCUCUGAAUGAUCUUUGCUUCCAGUACAUGUGUUAAGGGCUGGGAUAGCACCUACUGCAUUUCUGGAUGUCCUUUUAUGAAAUACCAUGCUUUAAAUUGGGUCCCCCCCCCCCAAAGACUGCUUCAAUUCUAAUUGAGAAAAAGGGGCACACCCACACCAUCAUUCCCAUCACCAUCGCAUGACUUUCCCCAAAGAAUCCUGUGUAUUAAGGAUGCUGGGAGCUGUAGCUCUGUGAAGGGGGGAAAAGAAGAUUUCCCAGGAUUCUUUGGGGGUAAGUGAUGUGCUUUAAAGGUACAGGAUAGAUCUGCCCAUGCCCAAGGAGCUAGCUGCAUUUGAAACUGGUAGUAUGUACACAGCCUAAGUCGUGGCUAUUCCUUUUUGCUUCCACAGCCCCAUGCCUUAGAAGCAUAGGGCUAUCCCAUUUCCAGGGUUCAGUCAAGGGGUCACAUUCCCUACUGGGCAAAAGUGGGCACAGCAGUGAAUGUAAAUUUUGCUUUUGUACAGUAGGUAGGUUUUUGCAUGAUGUUUCCUCCACUGAAAUCAUGCACCUUUGCAGCUAAGGAAAUGUCACUCCCCAGUUCCUUUGCCUAAAGCAGGGGGCCGGUCCACUGUCCCUCAGACCAUGUGGGGGCCCGGACUAUAUUUUGAAAAGAAAAAAAAGAAUGAAUUCCUAUGCCCCACAAAUAACCCAGAGAUGCAUUUUAAAUAAAAGCACACAUUGUACUCAUGUAAAAACACACUAAUUCCCAGACCAUCUGUGGGCCGGAUUGAGAAGGCGAUUGGGCCAGAUCCAGCCCCCGGGCCUUAGUUUGCCUACCCAUGACCUAGAGCUUCACACUUGUGCAACUCACAAGUCUUAUGGAAAGAGGAACGGUGAACUAUAGCCCAUCUUAAGACUUGUGAAGCCUGGAAUCAUCUGCACUCUUCUUUUGUCCCUGAUGCUUGCAGAUCUUCUAACCCACCCACAGCUACGUCUCAUGGAAGCCUAAAAACGCUUUGCUAAAUCGGCAAUGAAUUUUAAACUGCUAAUGUAAAGGCAGUAUAUUAUGCAUGUCCAAAACGGAGUGACGCUGAGGUGUGAUGCAGACACUGCAGAAGAAAACAAAAUGGGGUAAGGCGAUCGAUAUUAUACAUUUGCUGCAAUGUAAGUAGCAUAUGCUGAAAGUCUGCUUGUCUGUAGUGCCUCUUCGGACAGUGCUAAUUCUACUUUCAAGCAGAUUGCCUGAAUCUCUUGCCUUUAAGAGCCACACAAUCUGCUGGUAAAACCUGCUCCCUAGUGGAAAGAACCAAACAAUGCACUGAAGAGCGAACAAAUACUUAAGAGUAAGUGACGAUUAAGCCUGAACUCUGAAAUGCAGAGUCUACAACAGUAUUCUUUCCAGAGGGGUAGCUGCGCUAGUCCCUUCAUUGUAUUUGUACAGCGAUCACUGCUGUUAUCCCGUGCCAUCCAAGGCUUCUGAUAAGCACUCCUGUCAUCUGAGAACAGAAAGCCAAAAAAUAUGCUGUAAUAAUUAGGUGGGAUUCACCUAACCAGCUCUGUCAGCAGAAUCUUUGCACAAGGACUUCUGUUCAUGCAACAGGAUUCCCGCCCCCUUCCCUCCCCAUGCCCUAAAAUCAACCUUGAGGUUUGUGACUGAGAACCCCAAGAGCAGCAUGUGGUGUAUGGGGGUAUGGGGGAUAUUUCCAUCUGGCAAGUUUCUCGCACAGAUGGAACAAUUGGAAGAGCGCAAUUUGGAAUUUGUCCCAUUGUGUUUCUCAGAUGCCUUAUACCUAGAAAGUCUAAAGGAGGCUUAUAAAAAAAAUAAAUACAGAAUUUUAAACUCAAGUUGUUAACGGAGAAAUCUGAGGGCUCCCUUGGACAAAAAACAAGGACACCAGCCAGGAAUACCAGAGCAAAACAGCAGCCAGUAGGCUUGGUCUUUAUUGAAGACUGUUGCGACAGGACUCCCACCUGCCACCAGGUGAAACAAGAUGGAAGCCCCAUACAAAAGAGAACCCAAACUUUUAUUAGCUGCUAACCUAGCAGUUUGAAAGCACAUCAAGUGCAAGUAGAUAAAUAGGUACCUGCUCCAGCGGGAAGGUAAACAGCAUUUCCGUGCGCUGCUCUGGUUCACCAGAAGCGGCUUAGUCAUGCUGGCCACAUGACCUGGAAGCUGUCUGUGGACAAAUGCCGGCUCCCUUGGCCUAUAGAGCGAGAUGAGCGCCGCAACCCCAGAGUUCGUCCGCGACUGGACCUAAUGGUCAGGGGUACCUUUAGCUUUUUAGUAACCCCCAUGUUACACCCCCAAAACGACAUCACUAAUACAUCAUGGUUACACAAUGAAAGGGGAGGUCUGGUGGCAGUAAUCUGAGCAUCCUGGACCCUGCCCCAUUCCUCCCCUUGCCAAACACCAGUCAAGUGAAACAAAAGAGAUAUUUACAUUUCCCUGUUUCCCAGUCAAGUUAAUCACACCCUUUUGUCUUCAUCUGGGUUUCUUAUUUCUGGAAUGGCUUCCUGUCUGGCACUCAGGUAUCAAGAUGCCAGGGAUUAUCACUCAGGCAAGAGAGGCUGCUGAGUAGCUGAGCUCACAUGUCUAUAUAAAUUUCUGAAGUUUUCCCAGUGAGCCAGUACAUAGAUACAGUACAUUUCGCAGCGAAUUGUUACAUUUGGUAUUGUGCAGCAAAGGCCCUUUGAAUAGAUUGGAAGAAACUGUGAUGAAGUGUUUUGUGGGGACAAAUCACAAAAGUCACAAAAGUAAUUGUGCUGAUUUUGGUAGUGGGGUGCAUGUGCAUGAUAUCUGCUGGAAGGGCAACCCCCUGGAAGGGCAACAUAAAUUCCUGCAACAAAGUCAACACAGGAACAGUACAAUAUAUUUUAAAAGCACCCCACUAUACUGUAAUAUAUCCACCCACCAGCUGGCCAAUAAUGCACAACAGAAAAAAGUAGUUUAUGAAACACUGCAGAUACCAUUAAAUGUCUGGGAGUAGAGAAAGGUCUUAAUAUGACCUCCAAUGAUAGGUUCAAUGGCAAGCUGGCCUCACUGGGGAGAACAUUGCAUAGACAGGAGGCCACCACUGAAAAGGCCCUCUUCCUCAUUCUUGCCCACUCAACAUCUCUUGGAGGGACAGUAAUGUAUCCAGGAGAAUCCCCAAGCUAUGAACCUGUUCCUUCAGGAGAAAUGCAGCAACAGCUUGUCUACUUUUGAGCAUUGUUUGUUAACCUUCAUUUCCCCCAUUCAAAUAAGAGUCGUUCACACCCACAUGUAUUUGAAUCUGUAUGUAAGUAGCAGCAUUGGUCUGUCCCCUUCAAACCAGUGGAUGUUCUUUUUUGCAUUUGUCACUGCCUUGUGUCUUCUAGUCUGUUGAUUCUAUCAUGCCAAUUAAGUACCAACAGGGCAUGAGCACAGAAAACCGCACACACACCAUGCUUAAAAAUAUAUAUAUCCUUGGCCAUGAAGUAUGCAAAAACACAGGCAAUUGUAAAUUUGCUAGCACAUUUUUUCUGGUUUUGUGCAAAUCUGUGGGCUCUAUAUACCAGUAUACCUAUAGCUAAAUUUCCAGUGCACCCUUACUAGCAUGCUGGAAUGGAAAAGAAAUGAAAGCAAUGGUAAAUUCUCAGCACACACUUUUUAGGUUGACGUCCAAUGUUAUCUGGUGAAGAAUUUUAUUUUAAUGUUGUUUACCUUUGCAGUUUUCUGCUUUUGUCCGAAUGUGUAGGAACUUCUGUUCAAGAACUCCCCAGACAUAGUUACAAUCAUGGCCAGAAAGUGAUGACUUAUGCAUCCACACUAAAAACAAUUGAUCUGUAACCUGAAGUGGAGGGACUAGAGCGUGAUUUCCCUCAAUUUAUCCAUGCAAAAUCCAGGUAAACCCAGAUUUACAGGGAGAAAGCAUAGAGAUGGUUGUUUUUUGAGGGCAAUGUCAUGCGGACCAAGCAAAUUGAAUGGGAGAAGAAACACACAUUAAACUUCUGUGUGGACAAGCCUGCCAUCAGGGACUAGUUAACACCAUACAUAGAGGGUGGAUGGAUGAUCUAGUUAGGAUUCUUGCAUUGCAGGGAGUUGGGCUCGAUCACCCUCAGGCUCCCUUCUUAUUCUAUGAAAUCUCUGUCUUGUGCUUGGAAGGUGCAGCUUUGACUGUGGUGCAUAAGAAGCAUGGCACUCAGAAGAUCUGAUUAACAAUAUGUACAGAGCUUUUGAAAACAAGGAUAGGCGUUGGAAAACAAAAGCUAAGAGCUCAGUCCCUCUGCCUUCUGAGCCGAGAUAUUUCAGUUGGCUGCUGCACUUUUGGAAAUAUUGAAGUGCCACGUUGCAUUCAUUUUAUUGUUUUAUUUAUUUCUAAGUAGUCAGGUAUAGAAUUGCAGUGUUAAAGAAUAUCAGAGAUUUGAUACGUGCUUUGCUUGUUUAAACAGUCGCAUGGGGGACUGAAGUUGGGGGAAGACUUUGCUAGUAUCUUGUUAUUUGCAGAAGGUUCACCCCCGCAUGCUCGCUUUUUUAAAGUACUGUAUAUAAAUUGAAGCCCGGUUAUUCCAAUGCUUUUUCCUCUUUCCUUCAUUACUCAUGCAGAAUCAGAGAUUUUUAAAAAACGAGGCAGGAAGGAAAUAUCACUGCAGCAAGAAAUUAACAAAAGGGGCGAGCAAGUAAUCUGUACUACUAUACACACGAAGAAAGGAUGCACAUACAAUACUCAAGCCACAAAGAGACAGGUUGCCAGGAUAAACGAGAAAGACCAUCUACAGUGUGGAAACAAAAGUUUGUAGAGCGCCCGGAUAGCUCAGUCGGUAGAGCAUCAGACUUUUAAUCUGAGGGUCCAGGGUUCAAGUCCCUGUUCGGGCGAGUACGAUUUUUAAUAGAAAAUGGCAAAUAAAAAUUCUAUCAAACUGCAAAAAGGUGGUUUUAAUAGCAAAAAUUAAGUUACAGGGUUCCUUUGCAAUAUGUCUCGGGGUUUUCUUUUUAAUGCACGUUAGAAGAGUAGCUUCUCGCCAUCAUCUAGUCUCUAGCACAACACAGCGAAAAAAGACUAUUCAAGGGAAAUCGGACUGCAGAAAGUAGUAAGAACACUAAAACAGAAAAUUUAAUGAAGCUUUUUUUUAAAUAAAAAAAGCGGAAUCCGCCCGAACAGGGACUUGAACCCUGGACCCUCAGAUUAAAAGUCUGAUGCUCUACCGACUGAGCUAUCCGGGCUCCGUGCUGAGUUUCUCCACUACGGCGCUAGACAAAGCGAAGCUACUGGAGAGCGCGCAAUGUGCUAAUUACUCCCAUUGCUCUGCGAUAACCAAUCAGAGCAACGGAGGUUGGUUAUUUCCCCCGUAAAAUAAAUCCUGCCCCCAUUUCCGCCUGCCAACCCCCGUUUCAGGAAACAACGUAUCAGUUUUGCAUUGACAAAGACACCCACAAACAGCUGCACACGGUAUAUUAAUUUGCACAGCGGCUCAGGGUUAUUCUAUGCACACUGCUUGGCAGGGAGCAAAACAAAUAAAUAAGUCAGUAUUUGCGCAGGCGCAGCCUAGGGACCUCGGUUUGCAGCAUGCAUGCAAGAACUGCUGCUGCAGCAGCUCCCCUAGUUUUGCUUUCCUAGCGGGCGAAGCUUCCCCUUCCCUUCCUUUGGAGCCCAUAAAGAAAAAAAGGUUCCCCAGUUGGCAAAGAGACGCGCAGAAGGCCAACGUUCCACGCGAGCCUCCACUUCCGGAUCUGGAGGGAAGCCGCCAUGUGCGGGGCAAAAGUGAACGAAUCUCCCUUGCUCCCCAGUCCCGCUCCGUCAAACUGGGCAGGGUUAGAGACCUUCCUUUCGCCUGAGUCGUUUGCAGUAACCAGCGGCUCGGGCCCCAAAGGUUAUUUUGCUCACCGCAUGGAACUGUCUCAUUGUUUGUUGGUGGCAAGCUUGCAAUGCGGACGGGGCAGCCUUGUGGCAUCUCAUACAACAUGAACACAUUUUCUUAUGCCAUUAAUGAGCUGCUGUGGGCUAGAGCCCAUUUCAAAAGCCAGCGACAUAUUUUACCCCCUUGAUGCGCCUUUGCAGUGUUGCAAACAAAAUCUGGUCUUGUUCCCUUAUGGGUUACACAAGUCCUUUGUAGGUUCUCCAUCCGUAGGAGAAAAUAACAGAGGCCAACCAGAGAAUAUUGAGAAGCAAAGCAGCUAGUAAGCCUGAUCUUUAUUAACGCUGUUGCAACAGGUUGCUCCCCUCACACGCAGGAGAGAGGAGGAGGACCCAGAACAAAUGUGUGCCUCCCUUUAUAUAGACAUUUUGAAAUUCCCUACCCUGGAGCUCAAGACCACCCCUAGAUACAUCAUACCUACAUCACAGAAAAGGCGGUUUACAACAGAAAUCUGAGUGCUUUGUUUAUCUCCUGUCUGCCAGAUUAUCUGAUAAUGCCUUAUCUGAUUGCCUUUCAUGGUAGUCUGGCCAUUCCUUUGAGAUGGUAAUCACUUAAUUCCUGAGACAAGGGGAAGGUUCCCUCACAUUUUCCCUCCUUGCAGAGAAACAUUUGGUCAGUCAAAAUGGUUUCAGGACUGUAUCCUGUGCUGCUCCAGACAUGUGGUUUAUAUAUUUAUGUACGUGUUUGCUUGGUACAUUUAUGAACAUUUAUUAUAUAUCUAAGUCCUUAAAAUUCUUAUAAUAGCAGCUUGGGUCUGGGGCUUAGCUGGAUCUGGGGUGCACCACUUUACAUAUAUAUAUAUAUAUAUAUAUAUAUAUAUAUAUAUAUGUAUAUAUAUAUAUACACAUACACACACACACACACACACACACUCACUCACACUCUGGCUGUUGGCAUCAGACAAAGCAUCAAAUUGCUUUUGUAGCUUCGGGAACAAAAUCACUGCUCCCCCACAUUCCCAAACUGACAGGGAAUGCAUGAGAAUAAUAAUAAUAAUAAUAAUAAUAAUAAUAAUAAUAAUAAUAAAUUUUAUUUAUAUCCCGCCCUCCCCAGCCGAAGCCGGGCUCAGGGCGGCUAACAACAAUAAAACAGUACAAAAGUACAGCACAAACAACAUUCUAAAAUCAUUCAUUAUAAAAUUAAUUAAUUCAAGCCACUGGCAACCAUUGGGCCAGAGCUCCGCAAAGAUUGCCGAAGGAGGGAGUCAGGCUGUGCCCUGGCCAAAGGCCUGGUGGAACAGCUCUGUCUUGCAGGCCCUGCGGAAAGAUGUCAAGUCCCGCAGGGCCCUGGUCUCUUGUGACAGAGUGUUCCACCAGAUCGGAGCCACGGCCGAAAAAGCCCUGGCUCUAGUUGAGGCCAGCCUGUGGCCUGGGACCUUCAAGAUGUUUUUAUUUGAAGACCGUAAGUUUCUCUGUGGGGCAUACCAGGAGAAGUUCAUGUCUGCUACUUCAACGCGGCAUUGGAGGAAACUGCUCCCUCCCCCAUAGCUGAUGUUCCAUAUACAGCUAUUGUCCUGGCAAAGCUUGCUGCUGUGUGAAUCCAGCUUCAUAAGCAUCGGGGUAUGUCCUCCCUUCUGUAGCACAUAAAUCAAGGCUACUUUCUCAGCAAAGACCUGCCGCGUCAGGCAUUCCCUCUAUGUAACUCAGGGACUUGAGAUUCGUUCCUGUUCAUUCUCUGUCCCAGAGAUUAAACGGAGUCAGGAACACUCAGAAGCAGUCAUAAAUCAAAGCUUCUCUGUGCGAGCUGCUUUGGCAGCUGCACAAACAGCCCAGCCUGCCUACUUUAGCUUUUAGGCACAGGUUUUACUCACUGUUUGUCUCCUCCCUUCUGUCUCUGAAGAGGCUUGCCUCACGCUGCCAGUUCAAGAGACCCCAACAGGAACAAAAACAGCCCCCAGUCCUUCUUCUGCUGACACUGGUUCUGUGGCCUCGAUCCCUGGGCCCUUAACCGUUGUAUCUGGGGGUGUUCUUGGGCUACACCCCUUCUGUGAUGUAUGUAUGAUGUUUCUGGGGUUGUUCUUGGACUCCAGGGUGGGAAAUUUAAAAUGUCUAUAUAAGAGCUUGCACACAUGGUUCAGGGUUCUCCUCCUCUCUCCUGCAUGCAGGGGAGCACCCUGUUGCAACAGUUAAUAAAGAUCAGGUUUACUAGCUGCAUUGCUUCUCAAUAUUCUCUGGUUGGUCUCUGUUAUUUUCUCCUACCAAUAGAGCACCUACAAAAGGACUCUAUAUGGGCUCUUGGGUACCCCAUAAGGGAAAAGGAGCAGUUUUUUUUACUUACACCAAUUCGAAGUUACAAAACUUUUCAAAUAAAAAUAAAAAUUAACAAGUGCCUAAUUUUGAGGCUCCCUUUGAGAUUGAGGCUGCAGGUGAAGUGAGCCUCCUGACACCCCACUCUGGCUGGCCCUAAUUGCAGGUUAGGGGGCGAUGCUAAAAGAUAAUUUACUUAGAUAAUUUCCCCUUCAAUGUAAUCCGCUGUUAACAUUGCAAACUGUUAACUUCAUCUCACACAAUUAUAGAGGGCCCAUGUACAUAAACGCUCCCCGUUCAAAUGAACCCCAAAAGCUAGGUGUUGCUUAUCUAGACUAACUGUUAAAGGAAUUCAACAGCGCCACCGUGUCUAGGAAACAGGUUCAGCUAUGCAAAACCAGCAAUACUCCAAUUCAAAAGGGAAACAUUCAAUUCCUUUUUGAAAUAACCUGAAAAAUAAUAAUAAUAAUGCAACAAUGAUAAAGUCUACACACAAAGUUUAUUUCACUCAUGUCACAGUGUGGGAAAAGGUGGGAAGGGAAGGUUACAAGAAGUGGUGAUCUGUCAGAUGUCAUGUAAAUUUACGAACUGGUUGGCUAUCUCAUGCAAAUCUCUUCACUGUAAAGAGAAACAAUGGUAGAACAAUGUAAGACUAUUGUUCCUGUUAUCUUUUUGCGAAGGAACACCUGGGAUGUACUGAUAAACUCAUGACCUGUAAAAACCUUACACGUGGUGCCUCCCCUUCAGUGACUCUGGCCUGACAUUUUCUAGGUGCACACCUAUAGACCACCCAAAUCAACGGGUAUAAAUGGAGGCUUUUUGUUGUUGUUGUUCAGGUUCUCUCUUUCCUGCGAGUUGUGAGUGGGGACCCUGUUGCAGCAGUAUUUCUAAUAAAUACCUGGCUUAGCAGCCGCCUUGCUCAAAAUUACUCAGCAUCUACCGCUUCUUCCCAACCGACAGAGGAGCCUCCCGGGAACUCUGGACGCUGGUUGGACUUCCCAGCCAGCUUUUCCCGGGUGAAUUUUUAAAACAAAGUCGGGUGGGGCUGAGACUACACCGGAUUGCCAGUCCAAAGUCUCCCGUGCAGAAGAAGCAACUCUAAUUGAAAUCGCCUCCUCCCAGACUAAGCGCGGAGCAUAUUUCCGUGCGGAAGCCUCGUGCUCCACUGGUUUACAUACAGCCAAUAUCGCGCUUUUAAAGAUUCAGAGGCUGAACCCAAUUUUCCCACUUGGGAGUAAGAUCCGAAUUGGGCGCGGGGGAAACACCCCAACCAGGGGACACCUGUUUCGGCCGCGUGUGAACGAGAGGCAGCUGCUGCCAAUCACCUGCAGCAAUUACACCCCGCGUGUGGGCAGCCCGCCUCGUGCGGCGAAGCAAGCUCCGUAGAAACCUCCUCUUGCGGGUGAGCAUCUCUCUCCUCCUUAUCUCUGUGGCUUCCACUCUACCCGCCCGCCAUUCCGCUCUAGCCUUUGUUUCCCAUUAACCUCUAUGGUGUAGUGCGUGACUUGGCGGGAGACUCUCUGUUAGCUGAUCCCGCGUGUCGCUGGUCCCGCCAUAGGCACGUGGGCGCUGGCCUAUCCCUGCGGCCUGGGCGGAAGCGCGCGGGUAUCCAUGUUGAGAGGCUGGGCGGAAACCGAGGCCUGCUGCCUUCCCGCCCUCGCUAAGAUGGAGGCGACGAGCCGCCGGGGGUUUUAAGCGCCCCGUCCUCCCCACCCCGCCCCAUCCCCCGUAACUAGCCGGGAGUUGCUGGGCGUCGUGGAGCGGCCUUAGGGUGAGUCCCGGAGGAGGCGGUGAGGGGCCCGAGAUCUUCGCGGCUUCUCCGUAGGAGGGCGAACGUUGGCCGGAUGCCGAACAGCUCGGGGGGGGGGCCCCUCCAAGUUCCCCCUCAGCGAAAGGAACUUUUAGGGAAAAAACUUUUAGGUGGCGGGGCUGAGGCGGGGAAGCGCAGGAGGGGGAAAACCGCGGGGAGGGGACGGGGGUUGCCGACUUUUUGGACCGGCCGCUUCGAGAGCCCCCUUGACCUGGGAUGUACAGAAAAGCCCUUGCGGUAAAAAGCGCUGUCCGUCGACUUGCGCCCACGAUGGGGUGUUUUUAUACGCUAAUGUAGGGAACGGUUGCUAACGGAGGUGGGGGGAGGGAAGCAAGGGCAGGCAGGCUGCUCCUCUCGCUCUUCUUCCCUGCUCAGUUGGCAACUGUGGCUCCUGGAGUCUUUGCGGGCCCAAAUGUUAGUCUUGGGAGGUUGGAGGUGGCGUGUUGCGAGGGGGGCCGUGAAGAAGCUGCCCCAAGCAUUUAUGAGACGCUCUGUUUUCCUUGGCGUGGAAAAGUCUUAUUUUUUGGCGAUCACUCCUAGCCGAGUAAGAUUGUCUUCCAUAGUCUCCAGUUCCAGGCUGUGGGAGAAGGCACCGCUUGCUAGGCUUUGGAGUGGGGAGGUCCCUGCUGUGUCAAUAGCACCUGGGUAUUUUGGGACUUUUAACUGCCUUUUUCUUAGUGUAAGGAGGGGAGAACACAGCGGAGGGUUAUCAUUAUUACAGCAUUCACUAGUCUGAAAAGCAAAAUUAAAGCAGGUAUAUAUUUUUUAAAGGACUGGCAUUUGCACGCAUCCUUAGCUCUCGUUUUGACGUUUCUCAUAAUUAAACUCGCCAAGUUCAGGCACAUUGCACUUUUUUUUUUUUAAGGAAGCGUAUCUUUCCUCUGACUUGCAUGCGCUUGUGCUUUGUGUAAGCACCCCAUCACUAAGGGCUUUGUCUAAAGUAGCUUUCUUUGCUCCCCUCCAAGGCAACUUUUGAAAUUACUUUUUUGAGUUUGUUUAUAACUAAUCAGGAGCUGGCUCUGACAUCGUGGAAAAAUGGUUGGAGAACGUGUUAAAUAUUUUAGAGGGAAAGUUUAAAAAUAAGGGAGUGCGCAGGUCCUUACAUCAUUCAGUGCGCCCAUCAUUUUUACGUAAGACGCUGAAAUCAAAGUUGCUGAAUGACAGCCGGCAUUUGCUGCUUAGUUGUCCUGCCUAGCCAUUUUAAGUAAAGCUUGGAAACAAGGAAGUGAUUUUUAAGAGAUUAGUAAUGCAUUGGAAAGUGAACAAUUAGACAGCAGUGUAUGCUCAUUAUCGUACUGCAGUCUCAAUUCUAGGAGUGUCCAUCUUUAUAUAACCGAAACGGCACCUUCCAUACACAAGCUGGAGAUAUUACCAGGCUUGAGGGAAUGCCCAAGGUUCCCAGAAAUAAAAAAAAACAUUUAGGAAAACAAGGACCCUAAGGUUUGGGAAACUCAAUAGCCCAGUGAGUUCUUGCCAUCCUCCAUUGCAACAGAAUACUAACUGACUCUUGGGGAUGGGUGGAAGGCGAAUAGAAAGUAGUAUCCUGAACAGGAACAUUCUCACUGCAUCACUUGUUUGAUUAUUUUAAGUCCCCAAACAAUUCACGGGGGACUGAUCAUUUUCUGUGAUCUCAGAAUUCUGGAUGACUGUUAGAGGGUGUGGGAUGGUAUUUCUUCAUGUUUUUCUGUGUCAUCUUAAAGGGCAUAAAUGAAUGCUUGUAGAAGCAGAAUUGUAGAAUUAGAAGAUAUCCCAAGGGUCAUCUCGUCCAACCCUAACCCCCUGCAAUGCUUGAUAGUACCAGUGUGCAACAAUGUGUUUUUGCCCCCUCUCCCUAAUAUUGUUAUAGCUGCUAAUCUCAUAUGGCAAUUUACAACCAUUGGGCACAAAAAUAAGUGAAAAGAUCCUAGGGGAUACUUACAUGACCAAAACUAAGACCACCUUAUUACUCUUUUUUCAGUUGGUGACAACUUAAAAAACCUACAGGUACACUUACCAGUCAAGUAUAAAUAAAGCUAUUAUGAAUGAAAAGCCUGCAACUCAUUUAUAAGACCUUAAUGGGGUAUUUAUCUUCCCUCUGAAAUAGCUUCUUCAAAGUGAAGUCCCAAGCAAUCUUUACUCUUCUGACCCUUUGAACCCAAAGAAAACCAAGUCCCCUAGGACAUGCUCAGGCAAGUCCUAAAACAGUGAAUGUGUUCAGAUGAGUCACUUGAACAGCGGAGUCAUUCAACUAGUACGUACUGGAAAUUCUACCUGUUAUGAGAAAAAAACUGCUCCUUUUCCCUUAUGGGGUACCCAAGAGCCCAUGUAGAGUCCUUUUGUAGGUUCUCUAUCGGUAGGAGAAAAUACCAGAGACCAACCAGAGAAUAUUGAGAAGCAAAGCAGCUAGUAAGCCUGAUCUUUAUUAAAGCUGUUGCAACAGUGUGCUCCCCUCCCCACACACAGGAGGGGGGGAGGGACCCAGAACAAAGGUGCGUCCGCCCUUAUACAGUCAUACCUCAGGUUACAGAUGCUUCAGGUUGCGUGUUUUCAGGUUGCGCACUGCACUGUGCCGAACCCGGAAGUACCGGAAUAGGUUACUUCCGGGUUUCGGCGCUUGCACUUUGCGCAUGCGCAGAAGUGCCAAAUAACAACCCGUGCAUGCGCAGACGUGGUGCUGCGGGUUGCGAACAUACCUCCCGCACGGAUCACAUUCGCAACCCGAGCGUCCACUGUAUGGACUUUGAAAUUGCCCACGCUCAAACUCCAGACCACCCCCAGAAACAUCAUACAUACAUCACAGAAGGUGUGUAGCCCAGGACCACCUCUCCCAAUACAUCAUACAUACAUCACAGGGGGCGGUCUAAAACAGAAUCCUGAGUGUGUUGUUUAUCUCCUGUCUGCCAUUUACCUGAUUGCAUUAUCUGGGUUUUGGCCACUCUUCUGUUGUUAUAACUACUUAAUUCCUGAACCCAGGACAAAUGCUCACCCUUUUCUCACAUUAAAUGUGCCCUUAAGGCAGGAUUUGUGAGCACAGAGACACUUGGGAGAUUUCCCCCAUUUCCUUUGACCUUGCAGAGAAAUAUUUGAGGUCAUUUUGGGAGAGAGAAAAUGGUUUUCUGUGGGUUUCAGACAUGUGGUUUACAUAUUUGUAUGUGUUUGCUUGGAACAUUUGUGAACAUCUAUUUUAUUGGGAAGUACAUCCAUGUGUCUAGUGUUUUAUGGUUUUAAAUAAAUUGUGGCCAUCAUGUUCUGUUAAGCUAAAUAUAUUUUUUAGCUGUUUUAAAACUAUUUUCUGAAUUCUUAAACUUCAAGUGCUGUUGUGAGCUCUAAGAGAAAGUCAUAGUUAUACAUAGAUGUCAUACUUUUUGCCAGCCAUCAUUUACAAGGUUAUCCAAAGAUCCAAACCUGGUUUAGCCUACUAUUAAUAUUCUUUACUGAGCACCAUGGAAAAUCCAGCUGGAGGGAUUUACUUAGUCCAUCAUGACAUGAACUGCCAUUACUCCUAGCCUGUUAUUUUAAACCCCACCACUAGGACAUGCAGGUCUGUACAUGUUUUAUGGUUAUUUUGAAAACUGCCACAUUAGAGAACAAGGCUGUCAAUUCAGUGCAUGAAAAACGUCUUCCCUUAAUUUCAUUCUGAAAUAUUGGAAUUUGGAUGUAAUCCUUUUUCUAUUUAAUGAAUUAAUGUAUACAUACUAAGUUUGUGUCUAUACAUAGGUUGCAUAGGUUUUUAAUCAGUUCGACUUUUCAGUCUGAUUUGUUUAAAUCUGAUAAUACACAAGCCAUAGAUCUACUGAGAUCUCAUGCUUAUCAUUUAGUAGCCAUCUCAUUUAGCCUCUAGAUAUCACAGUCUCUCCACAAGUUGCAAUAUCCAUACCAAACCCAACAUUUGCAAUAAAGCUCAUGUCCAUGCAUGCUUCAGUAUGAUUUACUUCAGAAUAAAUACCAUAGGAGAGAGCUCUGAUACUGCCAUUUUAACUGGCUGUUUAUUGUAAAUGGUGCCACAAUAAAUAAUUCUGGAUUCUGAUUUAGGGAUUUUUGCUAUCUCAUGCUUUCUUUGCUGGAACUGAGUGAAAAUAAAGCUUGCUGAUUUGAAAGCUCUGCAUAAAGCAUACUGUAUUUUUCAUAAACACUUGUGGAACUUUUCAGUUUAUAGGAUAAACUGUAUUUAUAUCAUUAGCUUUAAGCACUAGUACAUUCAGUUGCUUGCCCCAGCCCUGCUUGCUGACCAAGUUAACCAUGAUUGGGUACUAGUUUAAUGACUCAGCUGUUAGUGUUCAAGUGACUCAUCCUAACACAGUCACUGUUUUAGGGAUUUGCCUCAACAUGCCAGAGGGGACUUGGUUAUAUUAGGGCUCAAAGGGUCAGAAGAGUAAAGACUGCUUGGGACUGCACUUCGAAGAAGUUGUUUCAGACACUAGUCUCUAGAAGAAGAGGAAAGAUAUCUAGUUAAGGUGCAAUAAAUGAGGAGUUGCAGGCUUUUCCUUCAUAAUUGCCUAAUUUAUGUUAGACUAGUAGGUGUUGGAUUUUUUAAAGUUGUUAACCAAAUUUAAAAAAAUGGUAAUAGGGUGGUCUUAAUAUUAGACAUGUAAGUACUCCUAGGAUCCUAUUAUUUAAUUUUAUGCCAAAUGGUUUUCUAAGACUUCUGAAUAGUAUCUGUUCUGGCAUAGUUUUGUGUGUGCUUUCUUUCAGACUAAUUGAUAAAUCUUAUUUUGGAUUUAGGCUUGUAUUGAAGAUAGACAGCUACUUCACUGCCAAAAUGUCAUCUUCCACCUCUACACAGUAUAUAUCACCAGAGAGUGCCUGCAGAACAUCACCUCAACAAGUCAAACAGGUAACCUAUUAUUAUGAGUUUUUUUGGAGGAGGGGUUUGACUGAAGCCUGGGCCCCAUUUUAAUUCCUGGAUCCAGCAUGGAUUCUAUUGCUGGAAUAGCCAGGCCAGCCUGCUAAAGGCCUGCUAAAUAUGGGUCCUGAGUGGAACAAAGGGAGUGGCUCCAGUCAUAGGGCAAAUGGGUGGGCUACCCUCCCUCAGCUGUCUGUUAGAAAGACAAAAGGUCAGAUUUGUAAUAUUUGAACUAGAAGGUCAGACUGGAAAGGCAGAGAGAGAGAGAGAGAGCCAUGUUUCAUUUGGCUUGAGCCAUGUUUCAUUUGGCUUGAAUCCAAAACUGCAGGUAUGUAAGAAGCAGUACCAUUUUUGGCUGUUAAUGCUGUGAACCCCUCCAUCGUAGGCUCAGGUUGUAUAUAUGUAUAAAUACAGGCAACGACUGAUUUACACAUGUCCAAUUGAUGCGCAACCACACAUGCAUCACGGCGACCCAGAAGUGGCUGGAAAAGGGGGUGUAACACGCAGCAAUAUAGACGGAAGCGGGAAAGACAAGUGCAGUCAACAGUGGGUGCUAAUCAAGCAGGAAGGAGUUCAACUUCUAAGUUUAUUUGCCAUUAAUGACAACUGGCUUUUCCAUUGGGAUUUAGUUCCCUAGUAUAUUAAUUUAGAAGUGGUACUAUCUAUCAUAGUUCCCAGGUAAUAUGAUUAAGCAUGUUUGUUUAUUCUCUGCUGGGAGAAAAUAUUGACUAAAUAAAGACAUUUGAGUUAAUGGCCAUAUAUUAGCUGUCAAAUUUAGUAUCCUGGGGAGCUGAGAAUAAUCUAAUCUUUAUAUCCAAUUUGGCUAUGCUGGAGUUCUUAGGGUCCCAAGUGAAAUACGUUGAGGUGGUUCAGGUGUUCCUCUGCAGAGAGCAGGGUGUCUUAAAAUGAAGAAAUCAACCCAUAUGACAGAGGCCCCUUAAGUUGGAAUCUGGAACUAUUCUCUGAUUUAAUUAUUUGGGUGUGUAUGAGCCUUGUGUUAGAUUACUGUAGCACUGAACUUUAAGUGAGCUUAAUUUAUGUCCUGCUGCCCGCAAACGGUUUCAAAAGUAGGCAUGCAGUUUUGAUGCUUCCCUUGGGCUUGAUUUCGGAAAACACAGGAGUCCCCAAAUGGUUGGUCUUUUCAAUUGGUAGUGAGAGUGCUGGGAAACAGUUUCCAACAAAAUCCUGAGUUAAAGAUUUUGGAAUUUGCAGUGUUUUUGCUGCCCAGGUAUUGUUUGGAAGCUGUGUGAUUAAAAGCUGUUGGUGACACAGAACUGCAUAACUCCACAGACAUGUGGGGAAAUGGGAAUCAGUACGACCAGUGUAAUUUUGAAACUGGUCUAGAAUGACUCUAGGUUGCUAACUCCCUUGUUCUGCCCGCUUAGCCUGAACAUAUCAACACUUCACCUUUGUCUCUCAUUUUAGCGUUGGGAAUAUAGAGGGUAAUGAGGUGUUUAAUACAGACCAAUGGGCCUUCUUGCUUCAGGCAUUUCAUUGUUUCAGCCUUAUGAAGCUGCCUGGGUAGCUCUCAUAUAAAGUUUCACUUGGAGUUGAUAUAACAUAAUUGUGGCCCUAAUUGGGUAUUAUGACUGCUGCAGUGAGAGAGAGUGGGGAAGCAACAUGUGUGUUAUGAUACUUGGGAUUUGUAUGUUGCUGUUGCCUCUCAUGCUCGUUCUCUUUAAAUCUUGCUUUCUCUCUCUCUGGUAAAGUGAAAUGUAUGAUUUACAUUGAGGUUAUGCAUCGUUUGUUAGUGACUUCAUCUCCUUAGAAUUAUUUGUUUCAAAGGUGCAUUGGUGGGGAUGGGACAUUGCAGUUGUGUGUUUCAGGCUUGCAUGAAGCAUUUAGUUUCCUGUUCUGGGAAAGGUAUGGGCAGCAUUUAAUCUGUCCUCACACAAGUUACAGAACAUGGCUUUUAGAAAACUCUCUUUAUCACAUAUCUUAGCUACGACCAAAACCGCCACUCCUGAAGAUUCUGCGAGCUGCAGGUGCUCAAGGUGAAACUUUCACACUAAAGGAGGUGAGUUGAUACGUACACUCUUCUGUAUUGGAAACAGUUUUGAUGGUUGCCUUAUUUUAUGUAUUUCUAUACAUAACCACAUCUAAUAUUGCUGAAAUGCCCCCCUUUGACUUCAUAGCCCAAACAAAUGAAGUUGCGAACACAUUUUGGCUCAGUCCUAUUGGAAAACCCCUCUCACUUCCCAUAUUUAGGCUGUUGAAGCAGGAAAGUGUAAUGGUAACUUCCACAAAAUGAGGACUGUGCAUAUGGUCUUUGAAUUAUAUAUGCUGUCUUAUGCUCCCUAAUAUUUACUUCUUUUUGGUGGUCAAUGUGUAUUUGACACAAGCAUUUGCCACUUUCAGAUGCUGUUUCAUCUGUUCUUUUAACAUUUCCAGUUUGCUACCUUUUGAUUUCCUUCUGGUGAUUGAUAUGCUGCUGUGUGUAAUUUUGCAAGUUUAUUCUGGAUAAUUUAGUUGCUAGAAUGAAAUGUUUCUGCUUCUUCCCAAUAACCUGAGUGAGCAGUGUUGGUGAAAGUGGUUUUUUGGGGGAGGGGGAGGGUGUCCCAAAAGACUAUCCAUAACUAUUCUUAAUAAUGCAUCCCCUAGUUUGAUUUUGAGCAUAGAGGCUGAAAUAUGGAGGGGCAGAUUUUGGUCUCAGCACUUCUGAACCUUUCAUGUGAAAUAGGCACAUCCUUAUUGCCAUGGGUGUGUGUUUUAUUCAUCAAAAGGUUUUUUGAGCUGCCUGUUGCAGAUGCUAAAAGAGCAGCAGCUUUUUUAUUGUUGAAUAGCUAUUAUAAAACGAUUCAGGGCUAUCGGUCAGUAUUAUGAGGGGGAGGGAAACUGCAUUAGUUGUAAUCCUGAGAGACUGUUAGAAAUGUUUCUUGUUGCCAAUUGAAGCUUGAAAGUUUUUGAAUUAUACUUUUUUAUUUUCUCUCAUUUCAUUGGAAAUGUCUUGUCAGCUAAACCCAAGACACCCUGUGAAAUCAUUUAUUUUAAGAUGAAAAUGCAAAGUGUGUACAAGAUUAGAAAAAUGACACUAGCUGUGAUUUACAGGGGUAUCCUGUCAGCUAGGAAUUAAAUGCAGUGGCUUUUCAUUAGGAAUGUGUCAGAUAUUCCUGUAGUGCUCUGUGACUUAUUUUAAACACUUAUGCAUUUAAAUAACUUAUUUAGCUUCUAAUAUUUUUGCAAAAAACAAAUUGAAUACUUUGAAUGGAAGGGGUUUUAGUGUUAAAAUGUUAAUUUGCCACACCAGACUACAUUUAGCGCAGUAAGGGCUUGUCCCCCAGCAGUGGGUGGAAGCUGCUAGUAGUUGUUCAUUUUGCAUUUAUCUUCUCUAGGUGAGACUCCCCCUCUCCCUUUUGCUGGAGACACAGAGGGGUGACUAGGCUUUUAUGCUUAAUAUAUUACAUGAGGGAUAGGCUCCACUUGUGUGUUAUAUACUAGUAUGUGGCUGCACCACUUCAGUUGGAUCUGGUUUGCAGUUCAAGAAUUAUUUGAUUGCAAUGUCAUUGCCUUAAUUUUAAACUUGCAACUCUCACACAAGCAGUGGGGCUCUGUGUCUAUUGGCCUUAUUUCUGAAGGCAGCCCUGUAUCGGGAAGUUUUUAAUUUUUGAUAUUUUAUUAUGUUUUUAUAUGUGUUGAAAGCCACCCAGUUUGGCAGGGGCAACCCAGCUAGUUGAGUGGGGAAUAAUAAUAAUAAUAAAAAUAAAAAUAAUAAAAAUAAUAAAAAUAAUAAAUAAAAUAAUAAAUAAAAUAAUAAAAAAUUUAGCUGAUUGGGAAUACUUGACCUAGAUGCUGAAUCUGCCACUGUGCUUGAAUGCCCAUAGUAUGGUUUGGCUUCUGAAGGGAUGCAGUGUAUCUGAGCAGUGUUUGGGACACCCAUGGGAAAGUGGCCCUAAGCUUCUCAGAAGGAGGUUAGGGUAUUUGUAACAAACUUUUAUUACACGGUGAAUAUAUAUAAAAUCUUCUCUGAUGGUUAUAAUGACAACUACUUUACAUAUGCUUAAUAUAGAAUUCUCAGCUUUUAAAAAUCUACCUAAUACAAUAAACUAAACAUUGAGCAUAUAUAUUAUUUACAUAUUAGCGUCUCCUGCAUUAUAACUAAUGCCACUUUCUGUUUACCACUGUUAAGCUGUAGACCAGGGAUGGUGAACCUUUGAGCCUCAAGAUGUUGUUGGACUCUAAUUCUCACCAGCCCCAGCCAGCAUGGCCAGUGGUUAGGGAUGAUGGGCGUUAUAGUCCAGCAAUGCUAGAAGGAUCAGUGGUUUUUCAGUCCUGCUCUAGACUGGUUAUAUUUCCAGACAAUUUAAGGUCCACAGAUAUCAAUGUUCAGAUCUACAGUUGUGUCAUCUUUGAGAUCCCUAUAUAUCCAAACUCCAGCCAGUGGGGUUCUAAUUUGGGAAGGAGUAUGGACUAUAAAAAACUACCCAUGUCUGUUUAUUCUGUGUUUACUAUUUCCCCCCCACAGUUGCUGAUGCCUUAAGUGGUUUGCAGAGUUAUCCCUGAAGUGCUUUCUCCAGCCGGCGCUUUGAAUGCAAACUGCUUUCUAAGGAGAGAGAGAAAUGUUCCCGUUUUAAAAAAUUGCACAUUUUUUUCUCGCCAUGGAAAGCGGUUUGGAUGUGGGAGUUCCAUUUUAGCUGGAUUGUGGAGUUCCGUUUAGAGCUCAUUUAACUCCAAUUCUGUGAACCCCUAUUUUAAACAGUUACGUUGGUUGCCAUUAUGAUUCCAGGCCCAGUUCAAGGUGGUCAUUAUUCUGAUUUUACUUAUCAACCCUAUGACCCACUUGCACAGGCUUCUCAGCCCACUUGUGUGCCACGACCUGCAGGUUGGGGAGCACUUAUGUAUAUAUGACCCUCUUUUGUCACGUGGGUAGCUGAAAGAUAAAGGACUGAAAUUGGGGGAAUUAAAAGUCUGUUGUCUCAAUUGCCCCAUCAGCACAAGCAUUCCUGCUUGCCAGAUGGAGUGAUUCCCCCUCUCCUCCCCACCAGUAUUAUGGGGAUUCUCCUGACCCUCUAGAGUGGAAUUGGGGCAGGAGAGGAUGGGAGAGCCCUGUUGCACUUGUGGAAGCUCUUGUGCUCCAUUCUGCUAGCUCCCUGUGUUAGUUGAAUCCAACCCUCAGUAUCUACGUUGGUUCAAAGAAUGUGAUAAGCUUUAAUUCAUAAAAUAAGAGAGCUUUAAUUCAUGAGAUGGUUGGGAGCCAUAUAAAAUUACAACAGUGUUUUUACUGACUAGGAGCACUAUCGUUGUGUGAUGUUAUUUACAGAGGAAAAUGUUCAACAAAUUGUAAUAGAGAACAAUCCUUACUGGUUUAAUUCUUUCUGCAUGUCUUAAGUUUUUUUAUUUUAUUUAUUUGCCUAGCUUGUACAUUACCUUGGGGAGUAUAUCUCAAAGAAGCAGCUAUAUGACAAAAAACAGCAGCACAUGGUGUAUUGUGGAGGAGACCAGCUGGGGGAUCUUCUAGGUUGUGAAAGCUUCUCUGUGAAUGACCCAAGGUAGGAAAUCUUUAAAACAUACAUAGAAUAAGUUUCCUGUGUGUAAAGCAACUUUCUAAUCUAUGGUUCCUCUUCAGCUUGGGUGGUAUAGAUAACUCGUGACACAAGUGAUCGCUCCUUCUCCUUUGAGCAUAAUGUAUUUUAGGGGUGCAAGCAUCUAAUUGAAAUCUACUGUAUUUGGCCAUACAUGAACAAAAGAUUUUCAAAGGGGAACUCCAGUGUGAAAUAGCUAAAUAAAAAUUCAUCCAGAAGUUCAAGCCUCUUCAUUUGGGAUUGAAUGGAGUCAUUGGAUUUUUCACACUUCAGAUGUUGAUUAACUCAGCAGUGCCUAGUUGAUUAUCGCCUACCACUGCUCUUAUAAAUGGUUAUCAUAUUUGUCUCACAAACUUUCCACCAUAAAUGAAUUGCCACUUAUUUGUAUACUUUUUGUACCUCAUUUUCCCACCCGUAUCACAUUUGUAUAUGUAGCUGCGGAUGAGGGUUACACCAUGGAUAUGAUGAAGUAGACUUUAGUAUCUGAAAGCUUAAGGCACAAUAAAUGUGUUGGUAUUUAAGGUGCCAUAAGACACUUCAUUAAAUAGACUUAUUCUGCUUUUGGUCACAUACAGCAGGGCUGCUUUCGAAUUCUUCUCCAUAUUAAAACAAAACCUCACAGCAAAUAGAAAACCAGCAUGCCAGGGAGAGAAGUUGUAGCCUUGCUCUGUAACUUACGUGCUGAUUUUUAUUUGCAGGGAGUUUUUAGAAUGGGGAGAGGUGGUCAUUCAAAAAAUGACUUCUGCCUAGUGACCUGCUCCGUGCUGCCACUUAACACCACCUGGCUCUGUUGCACAUGUAGGUCAGACCUUGAGGCCUGGAAUGGGACAAAAUGCUAGCCUUGCAUGCAGGCUUAACCAAGCCUCCCAACAAUAUUGCAUUUUUUGUUAUUUAUUUUGUCCCGAGGCCAUUACAAAAGAUAAAAUACGUAAAACAGAAUAAAAGCAGAACAAAAUACACUAUACCACUAAAAUAAAUAUUAGAACCAGAUGUUCUCUCAGAUAAGAGUUUGCUGCCUGAAGAACUUUAUCACCCCCACAAACUUUUCUCCUUAAAAUGGCCACUCUAAAGGCAAAACAGGGCACUUUCUCAGAGGUAUGGGGACACAUGUCCCCUAAUAAAAAGUUAAUCAAAUGCCCAAUUGAUCACUCAACUGGGGUAUUUAAAACUUUGAAGAAAGCUCCUCUUACAUCCUCCUAGCUGGGGCAAACCUGUGUGUAGUGGGGUAAGUCUUCAGGCACAUUUCCUCCACAUGGGCAAAUGCUCUCUUCGUAGGGUAGCUGGUGAUGGUGUCCUUAAACUAUGGCAGAGCACCUAGACGAGCCGCAGAGCUGUAAAGGCUUUUCUCCAUUUUAUAUUUGUGAUGCUGUUAAACUGAGGGUGAGGAGUCUGAUAGGGUAGUUUGUCAUACUAGGGGUCACAUUUGGACAGACAUGCUCAAGUGUCAUCACAAAAAUCCUGCUUUAAAAUAUGAGAUUUCAUGUGGCAAAAUGUCAUCUCACAGUCGUAACAAACUUGGAGUCCAAAGAAAGGCCAUACUUCUCAAUAAGUAAUUAAAGACAAGUAAAAUCUACUCUCCUGAUGAUCCCUUUUAGAAAUUGCUAGUCAACUCACCACAGCUAGAUUCCUUUUAAAGGAAAAAAAUGCAUUGUUAACCUAAAAAUCUUUUGAGAUACUUAAUUGUCCUUGCACUCUAGAUAGGGUGGCAACUGUAUGAGUUUGCAGGCUUAUGAAAAUUUGCAGGCUGUGUUGGCUGUUUCGACUUUCUUUAAAGAUGAAGUGGAAGGGUGAGAAGGUUUGAUAAGUGUGAUAAUACCACAAUCUGUCCUAUGAAUGAACUUAACUUUAAAAAUAAAUACUUUUCCACAGACCAGUUUAUGAGAUGCUGAAACGGAAUGUGACUUCUGUUACUGUUACUGUUACAGGUAGGUUUCAUUUUAUAUUAGCCAAGUUUAUGCAUUGCUUUAUAAAAUUUAAUUUUGGUAAGUAAAAGCAUGUGAAGUCUGCUGAUGAAAGUAUUGAGACACUACAGCCUUCUCACACCCCCGACACAUUUUGGGCAAUAGUUUCAAGACUUAGGAUGAUGAGAUUGUUAAAUACAGUUGGUGGUUGUCUGAUUCCCCCCCCCCCCAUGAACUUAAGUUGAUUUAUUUCAGUGGGUCUGUUCUGAGUAAUAGUCAAACACAACCCUGUGAAUACAGUUGAGAGAACCUUCAGUCCAAGUGAAAUCAUUAUCAUUAACCCUUUAUUCAUGGUACUUAAAUACCUUCCAUUCCUCUGGCUAAAGUUCAUUUAUCUUUCUCCGGAUUCUGCUAAAUGGAUGAACUAGCUUAAUUUGUCAGCAGGGAGCAGAAUCCCAAUGGUUAUCUAUCAUUGAGAUUUAAAAAUGAGCCUGUGGCCCUCCGGUUAUUGUUGGAUUCUUGUUUAGUCUUCUCCAUUUAGCAUGACGAUUGAUUGGUGAAAUGGAAGUUGUGGUCCACUGAGGACCACAGGUUUCCCCAUACCUGAUGCAUACUCUACCAUUGGUUUAUUUCCAGUUCUUAUAUUUUGAACAGAACACGUGGGGUAACAAAAACAAUUUUUCAUCUUUAUUUGUCUGGCAACUUAACAAAAAUUUACUUGUGGAACUCUUCCCAUGCCCCCUCGUUUUUGGCAAGGUCCUCAAUUUGCUCACUCUCUGCCAUUUGGGGGGAAAUGUUUUGAUUUAUUUUAUUUCUAUGCUGCGUUUCAUUCAAAUGAAUCCAAAAGUGGCUUACAAGCAAGAAAUAAUAACAUGAUAGAACACAAUACAGUCGUACCUUGGUAGUUGAACGCCUUUGCUCCCGAACAAAUUGGCUCCCAAAUGCUGCAAACCCGGAAGUGAGUGUUCCAGUUUGCGAACGUUUUUCAGAAGCCGAACGUCCAAUGCAGCUUCCGUGGCUUCUGGUUGCGUGCAGGAAGCUCCUGCAGCCAAUCGGAAGUCGUGCCUUGGUUUUCAAACCGUUUCAGGAGCUGAAUGCAUUAAAUUCGAGAACCCAAGGUAUCACUGUAGCUGCUUAACAAUAUUUGUUCCAGUUAGUUGGCAAACGAUAUCCUGCAAGUAGUGACUGUAUUCACCUCGUAUGAAAUGGCAAGCGUAGAAAUCAUGAGAAACACAAAUAAAAUGUGAAGGAAAUCUUAUUUCUUGUAGUGAUCCUCUCCACUCUUGAUAGUUGUGCACAGUUUUCAUUAGUCAUUUAAAUUCAGCCUGAGCAAAUCCUGUGAUAAACAAUUAUUGGUGGUUCAUUCUUGUAAUAGUAAUUCGCACCUAGGUGACAACCAUAGGGAUAUCCUCAGGUUGAAUUUGAGUAUUGCCUGAAUGCACCUUGAGUUGUGCUGGUGCAAGAUCCAAAAACAAAACUGACUCUGCAGAGCUGGCCCUUGUAUUGUGCAUGAUAGUAGCUAUUUCCAACACCCAGUGAUUUAAGGCUUCAGAACUUUUCUUCAUCACUUUUGUGGUGCCAGUUGGCCAUAUUUGCCAGUCAGGUGAAAAUGGGAGUUUCAUUUGAAAUGAAAAUAGUAGCUUCAGAACCUUGAUAGAAUGAGAAAACUAAACUUUGUUUCCCCACUUCUCACAGUCCUGAGGCUGCUAUGGCUUCCCUACUGUUUAUAUAACAUACACAUUUUUGUUUGCAUUCAUAACAUUUUACAUCCAGCUUGGUUUUUAUUCAUAAGGUGUGUUUUGGUGAGGUUCUCUUGGAAUUUUAAUGAAGAGAAAUUGUGGCAUAGUUCUUUAUUUGUGCACUAUUGGAAGUCAUUUGCACAUUCUUGAGUGAUCCACAGAAUCCUUUGAGGAGCAGACAAGUGGGCUUCUACCACAGUAGAAAGUAUAGCUUGGCCUGGUUUGCAGAUAAUGCUAAGCUAUAGUUUGUUUCUCUAAAAUUUGAUUUGUUUUCUAGGUUCUCUUGUCUUGCACCUUUAUAGUUUGGUGAGUGUCUUGGGCUGGGAGGCCAAAUCAUGAUUAAGGAAGGGUGCUGGGUUCAUGUAUAUCACUGAGCUAUAGUUUUAAAAAAUCCAAAGACCAUAAGCCAACAACCAAGUAUGGUUUCUUGGCAGUAAGCAAGCCAGUUAGGCUGCUGGGAACAGUUCACACAUAAUGCUAAACUGUGGUUUAAUAAACCAUAGUUUAAUAAAGUCAGGAUUAUAUGCAAACCACUCUGAGACUUCUGAAGCCAUCCUGAGUUCAGUGGGCAUCUUGUUCACUUGCAUUUGAGAUGUUUGUAGAAACGAAUGGGUGGCUCAGAAGAACUCAGUGGGUGACUCUUGAAGCCCAACAAGGUGGUAUUGUGGAAAAUAUAGAAAAAGCGAACUUUCAGAAAUUUAUUGACGUUACCAAAUAAAAUCAAAAGAGAAGAGAUGGCCUGAAAAAUUAAGAAAACUAUUAACAAAUUAACAAGCAUUUAAAGGCUUGAUCAAUUUGUGCACUUUGGGCAUUCUGACUCCAACUUCGGCCACAAAUAAAUACACAAUAGAAUUUCAGUGCAUGAGUAUUCCUAACCGUAGUUUUAUCCCUCCAAUUUUGUUAUUGGCUAAUUACAGCUAAUUGAUUUGAGUGGAUUUGCACAUUUCAAGUCUGUGCAAAUAUCAGUAUUGAAAGAUGGAAUUCCUGUGAAGUGGCCCUGAAUCAUCAUUCUCUGGCUAGAGAGCAGUUUUUCAUUUAGCCUCAUUUGUUGCUAACCUAUCUGUUUCUGGUUUAUUGGACCAUUUUUGGAAAACUGCUGUAAAUGCUCACAAGCAGGGUGGAUUUGAUUUAAAUCAUGAUUUAAAUCACUAGUCAGACUUGAUUUAAAUCAUUUUUUAACAGACUCAUUUUUGCUGGUAUAAUCUUAAUAUUUACAACUAGAUGAAGGUUUCAUUUUUGGAAUAAUAAAUGUUCAGAGUAGUUUUUACAGUUAUAUCAAAAAUUACUGAUUUGGUUAUACUAUUUGAAAUACAUAGAUAAUUAUGAAAUUAUUGUAAGGUUUAAUAAGUUAACUGUUUAUAGGGGCUAUAUCUCCCAGCAACCCUGGCUUUGGAUAGGCUGGCCUUCCUUUUUCUAGAGGGGAGGAGAGAGACAGUUGGUAGGCCUAGGCUGGAACAGGCUUGCAGAAAGAACAGACCGAGGAGAAGCAGGGUGGUGGAAAGCUGGAAAGGGGGAACCAAGGACUGGAGCAGAGAACUUCAGGGAUUCCUGCUGCAGGACUGACAUUCCAAGUAGAGACUUUAUUGUUUGGACAAUGUCAGGCGAGUCCUGGGAAGAAGGGCCUGGAACCAGUGAACUCUUAUAAGUUGACUGGCAAGCACUUCAAGGUCUCGCCAAGGACUUAAAGAUCCCAGUUACUAUUUCCACCCCCACCCCCCUUUGGAUUUGCUUCUGUAUUCAGGUGCCUAUUCUGUACAGUUAAGUGUUCGUGCAGUUGUUGGAACCCAGUGGGAUUGAGAAGAGGUUGCCAGCUCUGAAGUGCCUUCAGCACUUGCCUUAAGUCUGAAUUGCACAGACAUGCAACUGACUUGCACAAUUAUUACGCAAAGAUCCCAAGACUUGAGUAUUCUGCUCACAAGGUUGCACUUUCAUUUUUACUGCUUCACACUUAGCCACUUGUGCAUAUGUAUUCCACUCCAAACAGUAUUCAUUGAACCUCUUGGAACUUAGCAUUUAAGAGGUAAGGGGUUGAUUCUGUGUAUAUAAAUUUGCAAAGGAACAAUGGGAUUAAGGUUUUUUCCUCAACUCUGUAUACUUUAUAACAUUUUUCCUGUGAAGAAAAGGCAUGUUAUCUCUGCAGACACAAAUUUACACUUUUGAGAACUGCAAAAACAAGCAUCUGUGAUAAUACCUUCUCGUUAGAAAAACUGCCCCAAAUAAUCUUACAGAAACCUCUGGAAGAGCAUGACAUUGUGAAAUGAAUUAAUGGAAUUCAUUUACCAAAAAAGUUAAACAUCGCAUAUAAAGCUUCAUGCUACAUAAUUAAAAACAAGCCCUUAUUUCCUGAUGGAUAAUAGCAUUUGGACUAUAAUAUAACUUAAAUAGAAGAUUAUCUUUGGAAAGCUUUUUCCUCCAAAAGCAUUUUAUUUUUAAAAAUCCAACUUAAAUAAAAAAUCUGAUUUUUUCAUUAAUUUUUUAAAAAUUGAUUUUUAUCUACCCUGCUCACAAGGAUGAAGGCCUUGCUGGAACAGAUCUUCCUUUGUAGCAGUGAAAGGACUAAAGUGUCUCCCUUGCUGAGCAUUAGCAGAAGUAAUGAAUGGAUGGGCAUUGGUACAUUUCUAUGUGUUGGUUAAUAAGCUGGUUUAUGUAUCUUGAGCAAGGUGUUUUCAUGCCACUUCUGUGUUGCUUGAAAACAGAAUUGGAGCCUGGGAUCUAGAGCCCCUUUUCUAUUUCCCAUUAAACUUGCUGUUCUAAUGUUGAGGCGCUUACAGCUGUUUGUCACUUGAAAGUGCUAGGAAGAUGUGGCACAAAGUGCCAUGUAGGAGGCCAGAACAUGAGCAGCUAAAGGGUCAGGAGCUUGAAGGCGCAUAUUCCAUUCCUCAAGUGUGAAUAGCGUAGGAAUUUGAGCAGGGUUUUUGAUGGAUAGGACUAUAUGCCCUCAUCUUUAACACUUCAAACCCUACAGCUGCCAAACCUAUUUGUUGGUUGCUUGUCAAGGGACCCCUCUGUGUUGUGAGAAUGGUUAUUACCAGGGAAGGUUUUUUCUUUCUUUACCUGCUGUCUAGAUGCUGCACAGAGACUUGCUCUCGCAAAGGAUCAAAGCACGAAUAAUCCAAGUCAAGAACAACUGAAGGUAAACCCUGAUGGGUGGUUUCUUUUGUCGUACAGAGUUGCCCCUUCUCUGUACCUGUGCACGGUGGACUGCUAGAACUUUUGAAUUUCUUGACAGGUGGGCUUCUGCCUUCCUCAGAAGUUUUGGGGAGUCCACAGACCAGGGACAGAGUGACCAUUCUCUGUUCUCUACCUAACAGAGUUCCAUUCUCUGAACAUGUUUACUGGGGUGUAACACUUCCUGUCCUCAGUCACACCAGCUUGUGUUGUUGUCAGUAUUCCUGGAUGGGAUUUUUUGAACAGAGGGUGAUUUAGAGUUACUUAGUAGUGUCCUCCUUUAAACGCUUCUAAUACCAGGCAGGUCUUUGUUUCUGGUACUAUUGUUGGAUACAUUUAGGCCAGCUUGAGAAAGAGUUAUAUGAUUUGUGAUGGAGGUAAGGAGUUAGAUGUCACUAGUAGAUAGCAGCUUUAUUUAUUUAUUUUGCUGGUUUAUAACGUAGAAAUGCUGCUUGAUAUUACCAGAUUCGUGAUUGGUUAAUAUGCUUUGUUAAUUUUGCUUUGUAUGCUCAAACCUUGACACGCUUAACUCCUCGGUGUUGCUCUGCAACUGGUGACUCAGAAAGGAAGUGUUACAUCCCUGUGUCUCUUUAAGACCUGUUGGGCUAAUGAUUCUCUCUCCCCUCCUUCCUUUAAGCAGAGUAGCACAGACAGAAAUUGCACUUAUGGGCGAAAAGAGAAUGAAGUUGACACACCUGCCUUGUCUGUCUCGAAUACGUUCAAGGAGGAUGAAGGUGAGUACAAGUCUUUGAAGCUGAUGAAAGCCAUGACUGCCGCAAGAUGAGUUCCUUUGUUCUACAUUUGGCCAAGAUUUUGCUGUUCUUUAUUAUAUUCGGAUCUGGGCUCUAUUCUCAGUAUUGCUUCCAUUAUAUGUGAUCAUACGCACAGGUUCAGACUUCACACAUUGGUCAACAAGCACUAAGAGUAAGUCACAGUUCUCUGUUCAUCUCUGUUGUAAUAGGUGGGUUCAUUAUCCUCACUAGAGUCCUUCUGUGCAUUUUGUAGAAAUGUGUGUCCUGUCAGUAGUAUUGACUAGUGGUAGAUAGGGAUGGCAUCUCACUGUAGGCAAUGUGCCUUUUUUAUUUAAAAGUUUCUUUGGAUGGCAGGAGCUUAAUCUUGUGACAAGGGUUGGGGCAGAUAUGAUGCAUCAUCAUCAUUUUAUUUGAAUGCUGCCUUUCCAUAGUUAAAACCAUGUCCAAGGUGACUUACAACAUGAAAAGAUUUACAUAAGUAUUAAGGAGUCAUACACAAUAAACAAAUCAAAAGGUAUGUGACAAAUUUGAACCAUUCCACAUAAGUCAUAAUAAGAUCUAACAAAAAAGAUACAAAAAUAUAACACCAACAAAAACUCCCAAAGAAACCUCCUAAACCAGUGGUUUUCAACCAGUGGGGUGCCGUGCGGGCAACACUGGCCUCUGUCCCUCUUUCCUUCCCUCGCUUUUCUGAUGUCCUCUUGUGUCUCUGCCUCCCAAAGGCUUGCACAUCUGUUUAUUGCAGUAGCUCUGGCUACAAGCUCCGCAGGCGAAUGGUGCCUCUGGGGCUGGUCCUGGGGUGCUGGUUGCGAGGAGCUGAGAUGACCUCAGAGUAAGCAAGCGGACAUGGGAGCCCAGUCAGCCAGUCCACCAGUCCUUGAUGUUGGGAACAGACAGACAAGGCCCAGGCCAAUGUGGAGCAGUGUGAGGAGGCACCUCUCUUUGGGGCAGGGGGGACAGCUCAAAGACCAGAGCAGCAGCAGCAGCUGCUGCCCAGAGGACUCCCAAGGAGAAGGGAGAGAUGCUGAGGGAACACUCCACAAGGGAGGGUAUUGGAAAAAGGGUAAGAGGCUGCCAGCUUUGCAGGCAAGGGGUGACAUAACUGGGCUCCUGAGGUCCACAGGAGUGCUGCAGAAAGAAUGUAGUUGGUCAAGGGAGCUAUGGACUCAAAAAGGUUGAAAACCUCUGUCCUAAACAAUACUCGAGCUCGAGAAUAUGUACAGCAGCCUCAGCUUUUGUAGCUGGAGUCACAUGGUUUAAAAACAUCCCACUCUGAUCUUCUUGUCUGUGAGUCCUUUGAUUUUAGUUGAAUUUAAGGUGGGAAACGGUUACAGAAACAACAGCCCCUUAUCAAAAUUCAUACUGCAUGUGAACAAAAGUGAACUUGAAGGUCCUACAAUCUGUAUAAUCUUUAAGGAAUGGCAGAGAGUCUUGCUGGGGAGUCAUUUAGUUAUUCCAUGGGGAAGGUGGGUGGCUCAGUAGUAGAGUAUCUGUUUUGCAUGUAGAAUGUCCCAGGUUCAAGCCUUGGCAUAUCCAGGUGGGUCUGCAGGGAAAGACUCAUGGUCUGAAGCCCUGGAUAUCAGCUGCCAGUAAUUAUGAACAACAUUAAACUUGAUGGAAUGGUAUGACUUGGUAUAGAGCAGUUUUCUAUGUUUUGAGAGUAUCCACAUGCUUUGCUCUGCCUUAUUUCUUCAUGCAAGUGUAGCCGAUAUGGUGCCCUCCUGAUGUUGGGGAUUAUCACUCACAUCAGCUUUUGCUCAUUCUCCCUGGGGUUGAUGGGAGUUGGUGUCUACGACCAUGUUGGCUACUCCUGCCAAAGUACUUCAGGCAGAAGGAUAUUAAUUUGAGAGUGAGCUGUGUCUCAAUGCGUAGGAUUAUCAGUCAGUUCAUAAUAAAUACAUUUUAAUCUGAACUUUGGUUGUUUCCUAUAGAUAACCUUUCAAAAGAACAACCCACACUGGAUUUGGUGCUUGAAGAGUGGGAUGUAGCUGGUCUUCCAUGGUGGUUUUUAGGGAAUCUGAGAAACAACUACAAGUCUAGAAGUAAUGGCUCAACUGAUAUACAUACGAAUCAGGUAAAUGUUGGUCAAUAUUAAUUCCUGAGAUAUUUAUAGGCUCUUUCCAGCUCAAGCAUUCUUUACUGUUGAGACUCUCCAUAGUUUGACUUUGCUGAUGAUAGAUAGACUUCAGGAAAGAAUGGCCUGCAAAAUAUGACUUGUGAAAGUAGUGCAGGGUAAAUGGCACCUGCAAAGACUUUGAAUCAUUCAUUUGAAUGCUGUCAAACACUGCUGAGGGCUCAUCAUCGAGCCUAUGUAGUGACAGUGAAGACAGCAAAGAAAGCAUACGUUGCUGCUUCCAUUACAUUCUCAUUGUGCCAUCCAGCAGAGCUUUUCCAGUUAGUGCAGGGCCUUUUACGGUCUGGCCAGAAGGAGGUGACAAUCAAUGGUAGUUUGCUGUGACUGGGUUACAAAUCAUUUUAGGGAUAAAAUUGCUUGCAUCUGCCAGGACCUUCACUCCACUGUUACAGCAGUUGAAUCUCAAGAGGUGUCCAGAGCACUGUCGAGUCCUGUUGUAUUGGAUGAGUGUAUGCCUCCUAAGGGUGGCAACAUGAGAGCAUGUUUUUACGAUGCCCUACCAAGUUGUUCUGGCACCAUGUCUGAUUCAGUGGUGAAGGAAUUUUGCAAUAUCAUAUAUUGUAGCUUUAUUCAGGCAUCAUUGAAUAUAAUGAGAACAAGUCUUUGUAGAUCAGUAAAUGCCAUGUCUGUCUUCUCUUUUUGCUCUAGGAUGUAGACACCACCAUUGUUUCAGAUACCACUGAUGACUUGUGGUUCCUCAAUGAAGCUGCUUCAGAUCAGUUUGGUGUUAGAAUCCCAGCUAAAACAAUUGACUGUGACCAUCCCAGUGAAGAAGGAAAAGAUGGCAGCAAAACCGUAAGUCCCGAGAGCAAAGGAACUGAAUGGUGCUUGUUCCACCAAAUGACCAUGGAUGUUAAGCUGGAAGUGUAAGCCAUCAGAGCACUAAAGAGAACCAGUGUUAUGAGAACCAGUGGUGUAGUGGUUAAGGGUGGUAAACUCGUAAUCUGGUGAACCGGGUUUGUGUCCCCGCUCCUCCACGUGCAGCUGCUGGGUGACCUUGGGCUAGUCACACUUCUCUGAAGUCUCUCAGCCCCACUCACCUCACAGAGUGUUUGUUGUGGGGGAGGAAGGGAAAGGAGAAUGUUAGCCGCUUUGAGACUCCUUAGGUAAUGAUAAAGCGGGAUAUCAAAUCUAAACUACUACUACUACUACUACUACUACUACUACUACUUUUUCUACAAGUGUGUUCCUAGACUCACAUGUGUGCCACCAGCACUCAUGUAUGAUCAAAUACAUCCUGCUGAGAGAUUUAGGAUGUUUUGCUGGAGUUAUGACAUGCGUUUGUUAUGGAUGUGUUGUUAACCCUUAAUUUUAUGCCUACAAAGAAAUAAAGAAAGCAUAGUUUAUUAUAGAAAAUAGGAGUCACACGGGAAAUAUAAAUAUGCUGCUUUAGACAGCAAAGUUAGUCUACGCGGGUAGCAAAUUACAAUACAUAAACACCCUAAUUAAGGAGUAAAAGAUACCUAACUAUUCUAAAAGGCCCACAGAAGCACGGACAUGACAAUUUUGCAAUAAACCAACACUAGAAAGGGGGGGGGGGAAGUAUACCUGUCAUUAAUGCAAAGCAGAAGUAUGCAGAGGCCUAGGGAGUACUGGAUAAGUUCUGUCCUGUUGGAGCUAUGAGAGCUCACUAGCCUUGGACUCUAAUGGUUUUUUCAUACAUUUUUGCCAAUGCAUGCCAGUGGAGAGGGGAGGGAGCUGUGAAAUGAGUGGUUCUUACAAUUUCCAUAACCCCUUCCAGAUUUCCUGCCUAUUUCUCACCUUGCCCAUCCUGUUCCUGUUUGCUUAACAAAAAGAUGAAAGAUUUGUGAUCGUGAGGAUUUAUGUGAACCUAGGCAUCUGCCUUUAAAUCACCUCACCAUUGUGCAACCAUAUAUUUGCAUGUGCUCAUCUUUAGAUCAGAUGUGCGUGAACUCAGGAUAUUCCUGAAUGCCUUUCAGCAGGUGAUUGGGAUCAGGCUUGUUUUCUGGUUCAUGGUGAUUUUUGUGUCAUAUUAUAGUUAAGCCAAUCUUAUACUUAGGCCAUGAUCUACAGAGAUAAACCAUAUCAUAAAUUCAGAUUCGCACACCUUUUGUCACACCAGUUCUGCCAUUAUCUUUAGUAAUCUGAUGGCUUGCACUUUCAGUGGUUUAUUUUUCUUUUUAGCAAAGGUUUCCAUGCAAUUUCAUGGGCUUGUCACAUUGGAUGACAGUUCCCUCUGUGAUUCAUUUCAUGGUAAUAGAUGGGCGAGAAGCUCUCCAUAUUUCAGUAGUUCGCAGGAAUUCAUUCUAGAUUUUCAGCAAGUUUUUAAGACAAGAACAACUUGCAUAAAAAAUAACCUGCAGAUUUCCCCCACAAGAGUAAUGCAUGAUUACGUGAGUCAACUGACAUACUCGUUACUUAAUCAGUUUUACAGAUGGGUAGAAUCUGGGAGCCAUCAUAGACUAGCAGCUGAUGCAUACCAUUUUGGCCAUGGGGCACUGGUCUUACUUUGUGAUCUUUUGCGAGAAGCAAUUUAUUCCCAUUCUUUAGAUAGCAGUGAUGACAUGGGGGUUGUGAGGGGAGAAUACAGUCACUAAGUGUUGCAAUGAUCUGGUGCAGUGGCUUUCAAUCUUUUUGACAAACCACAUUCAUUCUUCAGCUCCCCUGUGGGAUACAGGGGAGUCCAAACUUACAUGGGGGUUCCAUUCUGGGCCACCACACACGCUACUGGCCACAUCCAUUUUCAACAUACGUGUUAGCAGGAGCGCUUGUGCCAAUAGCACACAAGUGGGCUUUUAACCUAUUGCUUGCCAAACUAAAGAAUAUUUCCAUAUUGCUGCAUUUUAAAUUUAAAUGUAGGCCCUGGCUGCAAGGAAUUCUGGAAGCAGAAGGAAUUAAGUAGCAGGCAAUGUUAGGCCAAAACAGGCAUCAGUUGACCAUAAUUGCUGGCAGUCAUAGGGGAAUGCCAUCAGUGUUGACACCUGCUUUGAUUUUACAGUUUUACAUCUUUUUAUCCAAAUUGUUUUAUAUAUUGCAAGAUUUUUGUUGUUGUGCAGCAUGCAAAUAAUGACAGUAAAGAAGUGCUUUCUUAUUUGGGGGGGGUGCAUUUAUUUAUGGCCAUACAUGUUCCUUUUUGUUAUGUACUUUUUGCAGGUGAGUGAAGCUGAAUCAUCUGAUGACUUUGAAGAUUCACAGUCCUUACACGAUGACACAGACAUAGAUCCUCCCUCCAAGGUAAAUGUACUUGAGGCUUAAUAGCCCUAAUUUGGCUACAAAGUUGAGUAUCAGAAGUUAGAAGCAUUUUUUUAUUCAGGUAGUUGAAGUUCCUUAUUGCAUCCAUAACAACAAAAUACAGUGCAUCCUUUUGUCCCUUUAUUGUGUUUAAAAGGGCAGAUGUGUCAAAUCAAUUUGUAGGUUUUAUUGGACCAUGUAGAACCGGUGGUAAUUCAGCUUGUCAUCAUCCAAAGAUUGAGCUAAGGAAACUGAAGACAAUAGUUUCCAUGGUUCAACAGUUGCAGUCUGCUUAGUUGCAGGCUUUCAGCCGUCUUACAAUUUUCCCAUUCUUCCGAUAGCUGGUUAUGGGUAUGUUUAUGACCAGUAUAAAAAACUACUUUAUUUCCUGUAUGGAAAGCUGCUUUAACCUCAUAGCUUACAGCUCAGGUGUUUUUAGCAAGUGGCUGAGGAAAACUGAUAUGUGACACAAACUGAUAUGUGACCAAUUCAUAUCUUCUGAGAAGUGAGGGAUUUAGAGCAUCUAUAGAGUUUUUAGAGGCCUUUAUAGCAUAGUAAAUAUCUAAACUGAUAACUAAAGGUCAAAGUAGACCAUCAUUCAUGGGCCUAUGCUUUUAGUAUGGUUUGGAAAGACGGGUGUCUUGCUUAAGCAGUAAAAAUAGUGUGCUGGUGAAGGCACUCUUGCCUCCCCAGAGAAUGUUGUUCCAGGUAUUCUUUCCCUUCCUUGCUGUGAUUCAGGGAGUGAGUCUGAAAUAGUGAAAAGUUGGCUAGAACAAUGGAGGAGGUUUCAGCCCUUUUCACCUAUACUCCUUGACAGUUAAAGCAAUGUUACAUAUGUUACAAUGUUCCAUAUGAAUGAUGCAGACGUGAAAAGAAGUGUGUGUCUGCAUCCCAUCUUAUCUCAUUUGGUCAUGAUCUUUCCACAUUUGGAGAAGGGACAAAAAAAAUAAACUUUUGCUGCCUGGAAUAUAUUCAUUGGGAUAUUUUUACAGAGCCGGUUGAAUAUAGUCUCACUACAUGACUACACUGUUCUGUGUCAUUGUGGGAGCAUUUUGAUACUCUGUGGAUCAGCACAGAGGUUUCAUGGUUUCUAGUCUUCCAAAUGAAUCAAGUCUAUAGGGAGGGAAGAGAUAUGAUCUCUAUCAUUGUGGCAGUGUUCUGUUUAGUUUCUGAAAUUGCCCUUUUAAUCCCAGCACAAAGACACUUUCUCAGUACUUAUCAGUGGACAACAAAAUUUAUUUCAUUAUUCUCUGCUCAAUUUUUUCAUUUUCUGGGUUUGCAUUGCAAUGGAAGUAGUAGUCAUCCUGUUCCUCAUAGCAUGCAGAACCAAGUUUUGCUGCUGCUUGAGUAUAGUUUAGAGUCUGUGCCAGUUUGACAAAUUGGACUGUCCCUGGCACCAGACAACUGAACUAUAGCUCUAAACUCAAAAAGCCAUUGCCCUUGGUAUAUGAGGUAAUCAAGUAAGCCACCAUCAAUUGUGUAGGUUCAAUAGAUUUUAUAUAUUUAUAGAGUCUGAGAAAUAUCCUUCUCACUGACUCAAGGAGCUAUCUACUUUUGAAUUUAGAAUAAGACAUUGAAAAUUUAAUAUAGAGAACAUGGUAGAGACUUUGUUCUUCCAAAGGUAUUAUGGGAGGGGGCACAAUAAAGAUGAGGUUCAGCAAAAAGGACAUCUCAUUUACAGGGUUCAACUACAAUGAUCCCCAACUGUUUUGGAAAAUCUAAGAAAUAGUUACACAAAAAAUACCAAUUUCACCAAAACAAAACUUGUGUUGCUCAAACACAGAGAGAGCUAAACAUAGACAGCCCCCCCCCAAGAAACACCUUUUUAAAAAAAGUUAGAAUUGGAAGAGUUUUUUUGGUGGGAACUAAGGGUGGGUAUCUGACGGUGCUGAGUGCCUAUGGACACUCUUGAGUAGGUAGUAACCAUGCUCUUAAUCCAUGACUUCAGAACAGAAUUGAUGGAGCUGGUUACUGCUUCUACUGUAAGAAAGCCUUUAUGUGAAUGCACAAACCUGUGAUUGGUUUGAUUGUCUUUCUUUCAUCAGGACUAUUGGCAGUGCACAAAAUGCAAGAAGUUUAACUCUCCCAUUAAACGGUACUGUUUCCGCUGCUGGGCCUUGCGGAAAGACUGGUUCUCUGACUGCCCCAUGUUAGCACAUUCUCUCUCCUCAUCCAACAUUGCCACAAUGCAAAGCAAAGAGGACACAGAAGGGAUAGAUGUCCCAGACUGCCGAAGGACAGUAUCUGCUCCACUUAUGCAGUCCAGAGAACCGUGCAGAUCAGAAAUCAAACCCAACCUACGUCCUGGAAGCUCUGUGGAUUCUCUGGAUCUUGCAGGCAAAGAGCCUUUGUUGCAGUUUGGUAAGCACAAAGAAAAAUGGUCCCUUGAGAGUAGCAAAGAAUUGCUGAAACCUUGCAUUAUGUGUCAGAAGAGGCCACGGAACGGGAAUAUUGUCCAUGGAAGGACAGCUCACCUGGUGGCCUGUUUCACUUGUGCAAAAAUGUUAAAAAAAGGCCAAUCACCUUGCCCAGUGUGUAAGAGACAGAUUCAGAUGGUGAUCAGGACCUUUAUAGCAUAG